CAAUUUUGUUUGGAUGCACGUAUACAUCCUAAAAAAAUAUUGUGAAAAAUUAAUUUCGAUUUUAAUCCAAAAUGGUUUUAAAUAAUUUUUUCGUUAAGUUGUUGUUAAUGGCAUUUUGCGUUCUUGGAGUGUCAGCAGAACUGAGUGUGAACGAUACAAAGAAGUACCAUGAAGUUAUGCAGAGUUUGAAUAACUUUUCUCAGACCUUCUUGCAUUCAUAUAAAGAUGCUGAUAUUUCACCAAAUUGUAAAACUGCGAUGACACAUUAUGGGAAGGGGUUUUUCAAUCAGGAGGAAUGGGCUUUAAAAAUGGUUGAUGCUACGUCAAAGUUGCAAUCAGGAAUUCUUGACGCCAACCUCUACAAUUUAGGAGCUUUUGACGAAUGUCUAUCAAUUCGUGACAUUGAGGUCUUCUCACAGCCAGCUGACGGCAGUAUUGCAAUAGAAAUGACCCAAAUUAAUGGAAAAUACUGUUUGGGUAUGGGGAUAUUGCUUGGGAUUCCUAUUUAUUGGGCAAUGUGUGCCCCAGACGCAUGUUCAGCCGAUGAUUUGAACAAAAUCAUACAGAUAAUUCCGGUACCAAUGUUUUUCUCUGAAGAUCAGUGUCAAGAUCCAAGCCAGGAACCAGAAAUCACCGAUGGGGAUAUUGCAGUCAUGGUUGUAUUUGGAAUUAUUUUGGGAAUAAUGGCUGUAUCAUCUUUGUACGACACGUAUCUUCGAUAUUUUGAAAAAAAAACGGCCCAUCCAUUAUUAUUGGCGUUUUCUGUGGUUACCAAUGGAGAGAAACUCUUUGCAACCACAGAACCCGGUACAAAUUCUGGUCAAUUGGAGUGCCUUUCCGGUAUUCGUUCAAUGAGUAUGAUGUGGGUGAUUCUUGGCCACAUGUUUGGUAGUCUCGCUGGAGUUGCCGUAACAAAAAUCACCAAUAUUAUCGACUUUAUGACUGAUGAUGACACAAUGUACGUCCGUGGCGCCACUGUUGCUGUAGACACCUUCUUUCUAUUGGCUGGUAUUGUGAUGAUCUACGUUUAUCUAAAAUCAACCAAAGAGAAACAAACGUUUAAUAUAUUCCUUUAUUAUUUGCAUCGUUAUCUUCGGUUAACUCCAGCUUUAGCCGCAGUUCUUGUCGUAUAUCUUACUGUUCUCAAACAUUUUGGAUCAGGACCUCAUUGGCCGCAAUUGAUUGCAAAGACAUAUGAUUCUUGCGAGAAAUAUUGGUGGAGUUUAUUGUUAUACAUUCAAAACUACACGAAUACACUAGAAAUGUGUAUCCAGCAAAGUUGGUAUCUCUCUGUUGACACACAACUAUUUCUUCUUUCACCACUUGUCUUAUUUCCAAUCAAACGUUGGCCAAGACAUACACUUGCAGCAGUUGCAGUUGCUGCGGUGGCAUCCAUCUCAACUGGAUUUGCAUUGGCCUGGGUUCACAAACUAAAUAACAAUCUUCUUUUGACUGUUGACGUCGAAAUCGUAGAAAAAUAUACCGAUUUGUAUUACCAUGCAACAUACUCCCGUGCUGCCCCCUGGUUAAUUGGUAUCUUAGUUGGUUAUGUUAUCUACCAGGUGAAAAUUGUUCGGAAAGAUCAAAAAUUCAAAAUUGGCGUGACUUUAAAUAUGGCGUUGUGGAUUGCUUCGUUAGCUGUGAUGGCAACUUGUGUGUUUGUGGACAAAUCGCAGGAUGAAUAUGAUCGUCUUGCCAAUUCGUCCUAUAUUGCUUUCAUUCGUCCUGCAUGGUCUAUUGCAGUCUCUUGGGUGAUAUUCGCCUGUGUCACUGGAUACGGUGGUCCUGUAAAUGCAUUCUUAUCAGCUAGAGUCUUUCAAGUCCUCGCCCGACUCACUUAUUCAAUGUAUUUGACGCACUACUCCGUUCUCUACGUUCUAUACUUGUCAAUCAAGCAGCCAAUGCCCUUCACGCACGCACGAGUUAUUUACGAAUACUGGUCGAUUUUCGCAUUGGUUUUCGCAAUCAGCGUUGUGUGGACAUUGGCUUUCGAAUCGCCCAUCAUCAUUAUUGAAAAAUUUAUUUUUGGGGGUGGAAACAAAAAGGGGCCGGUAGUUUCAGCACAUAAUAAACCCAUCGUCGUUAAUACAAAUACCGACACAAUACAAAAUAAUGAAAACCAAAGUUGUGAAAGUGAUGUGCACCAUAAUUCCAACGCCGAAGAUAAUAAUCAAACUGGUGUCGUUAAUUACGGUUAUAAUUCAGGGAAAACAUCACCAAAUGACAUUUCUAUUGAAUCAUAUAAAUCUGAACCGUUUCAAAUUAAUAGGAUCAAAACAUUAGUGUGCAAGCAACUAAAAAUAGUAAAAAUCAGUGCGAUAGUUGAUUUUAUAUUUAACAAAAUGGCUUUAAAUUUUAUUUUAAAGACAUUAUUAGUGACACUUUAUGUAUUGAGUGUAUCAUCAGAUCUUAACGUCAAUGAUACUAAAAUGAUCAGUGAAAUUAUAAAUAAGUUAAACAAUUUUCCUCAAACAUUCGUACAUGGAUUUAAAGAUGCUAAUGUUUCGCCGGAUUGUUUAAAGGCAAUGAAAUUUUAUUGGAAUGGAAUUACGAAGAAAGAAGAAUGGGCUUGGAAAAUGUUGGAUGCCAUGUCUAAAGUGCAAUCCGGUAUUAUGAAUGGGAAUUUGUACGAGUUAGGAGCUUACGACGAAUGUCAAUCGAUUCGUGACGUUGUGGUCACCUCGCAGACACCAGAUAUCAAUGAUGCAGAGGAAAUUAUGUUAAUUAACGGGAAAUACUGUUUGGGAUCGGGCAAAUUGACGGAUCAAAUUACGAUAGGAUGGGCAAUGUGCGGCCCAGAUGCAUGUUCAGCGGAUGAUUUAAACAAAGCAAUGACGUUGGCUUCAGUGCCAAUGGCAUUUUCUGAAGACUAUUGCCACGAUCCAAGUAUGGAUCCGGAAAUUACUGGUGGAGAUAUUGCUGUUAUAGUAUGUUUUGGAAUAAUUUUGGGAAUAAUGGCCAUAUCUUCACUCUACGAUGUGUAUCUCAGAUAUUUUGACAAAAAAACACUUCACCCUAUACUACUGGCGUUUUCUGUUGUGACCAACGGUGAGAAACUCUUUGCAACCACAGAACCAGGUACAAACACUGGCCAACUUGAAUGUCUCUCCGGUGUUCGUUCGAUAAGUAUGAUGUGGGUUCUCAUUGGUCAUGUCUUCAGCAACAUGUCAAUGGUAGCAGUAGCAAAUAUGUUGAACGUCUUAAAUUUUUACACUGAUGGUUGGACAAUGUACAUCCGCGGUGCCACAGUCUCUGUAGAUUCCUUUUUUCUAAUGGGUGGUAUUGUGAUGAUCUAUGUCUAUUUGAAAUCAACGAAAGACAAACAAACUUUCAAUAUAUUCUUCUACUAUUUGCAUCGUUAUCUUCGUUUAACUCCAGCUCUGGCCGCUGUUCUUGUUGUACACAUCACAAUUCUGAAACAUUUUGGUUCUGGACCGUACUGGCCUAUAAUGAAUGGCUUCGCAAUCGAUUCCUGUCAGAAAUAUUGGUGGAGCACAUUGUUGUACAUCCAAAAUUACGUUAAUCCCGAAGGAGCGUGUAUUUUACAAAGUUGGUAUCUGCAAGUCGACACACAGCUAUUCCUUCUCUCACCACUUGUCCUGUUUCCAAUCAAACGUUGGCCAAGAUUUACUCUUGCAGCAGUUGUCGUAGCUGCAUUGGCGUCAAUUUCUACUGGAUUUGCAGUGUCGUGGGUCCAUAAACUGACUGAUAUUAAUUUCAUAAAUACAGAAAAUCCGAAUGCGGCUGGGGACUAUAUGAAAAUGUACUAUACCGCCACAUAUACACGUGCAUCCCCUUGGCUAAUUGGGAUCAUAGUUGGUUACUUCAUUUAUAAAAUCAAAAUUGUACAAAAAGGGGAAUUUAAAAUAAGUUGGAUGUUAAAUAUAUCCUUGUGGGUUGCUUCAUUGAUUGUUUUGACAACAUGCGUUUUCGUAGACAAAUUGCAAGAUGAAUAUGAUCGUCUUGAUAUGUCAGCUUACAUCGCAUUCGUUCGUCCUGCCUGGUCUAUAGCUCUUUCUUGGGUAAUAUUCGCUUGUGUAACUGGAUACGGUGGUUUUAUAAAUGCGUUUUUAUCAGCGAGGGUAUUCCAAGUAUUGGCACGGCUUACGUAUUCGAUGUACCUAACACAUUUCACAAUUCAUCUUGUUUUGGUUACGUCAAUCAAACAGCCACUUUUGUUCUCUAACGCACAAGCUAUGUAUGAGUUCUGGGCAGUUUUUGCUCUUGUAUUUGCCAUCAGCGUUGUAUGGACUUUGGCGUUUGAAUCCCCGAUUAUAAUCAUUGAAAAAUUAAUUUUUGGUGGUGGCAGUUCUAAAAAACCAGUAGGAGACAAGACAACAAGCAAACCCAUUGAUGUGACUGAAAAUACAAAUAGUCAUAUUGGUAGCCCAUCAAAUAUAGAAAAUAGGAAUGUGGAAAGUGGUUUACAUCAUCGAUUGAAUAAUCAAAGUGGAAUUGACAACGCUGGCUACAAUACAGAGAAAUCAAAUGAAAGUGGCAAAUCAUAAAUUUAUAUCAAAUCAUUAUCAAAAAAUAAACAAUACUGUAAAUAUUAAUUUUAAUACUCUGAGACUGUUAGCAAUGUAAUAAUUGUAAUAUAAUAAUAUUUUUUUUAAUAAUAAACAUUUUGAAAACAA